AUGGAGCGGCGGCGGGGCGUCCCCGGGGGCUGGCCCUGCCUGCUGGCCGCGCUGGGAGCCCUGCUGGCGGCGGGACGUGCGGCCACCCCCCGAGCCCGCUUCUCGCCCUUCUUCUUCCUCUGCACCCACCACGGCGAGCUGGAGGGGGACGGCGAGCAGGGCGAGGUGCUCAUCGCCCUCCACAUCGCCGGCAACCCCGCCGCCUACGUGCCCGGCCAGGAGUACCACGUGACUAUUUCGACGAGUACCUUCUUUGAUGGCUUACUGGUGACUGGGCUCUACACCUCUACCAGUGUUCAGGCUUCCCAGAGUGUUGGUGGUUCCAGUGCUUUUGGAUUUGGAAUUAUGUCUGACCACCAGUUCGGAAAUCAGUUCAUGUGCAGUGUGGUUGCAUCACAUGUGAGCCAUCUCCCAACCACCAAUCUCAGUUUUGUUUGGAUUGCUCCACCUGCCGGCACGGGCUGCGUGAACUUCAUGGCUACAGCUACUCAUAGGGGCCAAGUUAUAUUCAAGGAUGCCUUAGCGCAACAACUGUGUGAGCAGGGAGCUCCAACAGAAGCUCCAUUACAUCCUCACCUAGCUGAAAUGCACAGUGACAGCAUUAUCCUACGAGAUGACUUUGACUCGUACCAUCAGCAAGAGUUGAAUCCUAGCAUGUGGUCUGAAUGCAGCAACUGUGAGAUUGGAGAGCAGUGUGGUGUGAUUAUGCACGGCAGUGCCAUCACUUUCUGUGAGCCAUAUGGUCCCCGAGAGCUGACUACCAAUGGCCUUAACACAACUACUGCAUCCGUCCUUCAGUUUUCCCUUGGAUCAGGUUCGUGCCGCUUUAGUUACUCAGAUCCCAGCAUCACAGUGUCCUACAGCAAGAACAGCUCUGCAGAUUGGACUCAGCUGGAGAGAAUUAGUGCUCCUUCCAACGUCAGCACGAUCAUACACAUCUUGUACCUUCCUGAGGAUGCUAAAGGGGAGAAUGUCCAUUUUCAGUGGAAACAGGAUUAUCUUCAUGCUGGAGAAGUGUAUGAAGCCUGUUGGGCAUUGGACAACAUCCUGAUCAUCAAUGCUGCUCACAGAAAAGUUGUGUUAGAAGAUAAUCUUGAUCCUGUGGAUACUGGCAACUGGCUUUUCUUUCCUGGAGCCACAGUGAAGCACAGCUGCCAAUCAGAUGGAAACUCCAUCUAUUUCCAUGGGACAGAAGGCAGUGAGUUCAAUUUUGCCACAACUCGGGAUGUGGACCUUUCUACAGAGGAUGCCCAGGAGCAGUGGGCAGAAGAAUUUGAGAGCCAGCCCAAAGGGUGGGACAUACUAGGUGCUGUCAUUGGUACUGAGUGUGGGACGUUGGAGUCUGGCUCGUCUAUGGUAUUUCUCAGAGAUGGAGAAAGAAAAAUAUGCACUCCGUACAUGGACACUACUGGAUAUGGGAACUUACGAUUUUAUUUCAGUAUGGGGGGCACCUGUGAUUCUGGAGAAUCCCAUGAAAAUGAUGUCAUCUUUUAUGCCAAGAUUGAAGGCAGGAGGGAACACAUAGUUCUUGAUGCUCUGACCUACGCUGCUUACAAGGUUCCAUCUUUGGUUUCUGUUGUCAUUAGUCCGGACCUGCAGACUCCUGCAACCAAGUUUUGCUUGAAACAGAAGAGUCACCAAGGCCACAACAGGAAUGUCUGGGCUGUGGAUUACUUCCAUGUCCUUCCAGUGCUCCCUUCCACAGUGACUCACAUGAUCCAGUUUUCCAUCAAUUUGGGUUGUGGAACAUUUCAACCCGGUAACAGCGUCAGCUUGGAAUUUUCAACCAACCAUGGCCGCUCCUGGUCCCUGCUCCACACCGAGUGUCUGCCUGAGAUAUGUGCUGGGCCCCAUCUGCCCCACAGCACCGUCUACGCCUCUGAAAACUACAGCGGGUGGAACCGAAUAACUACUCCUCUUCCCAAUGCAGCACUAACAAGUGACACCAGGAUUCGCUGGAGGCAAACAGGGCCGAUCCACGGAAAUAUGUGGGCAAUCGAUAACAUUUAUAUUGGUCCAUCUUGCCUCAAAUUCUGCUCAGGCCGAGGACAGUGCACUAGAAAUGGCUGCAAAUGUGACCCUGGCUUUUCAGGGCCUGCAUGUGAGACAGCGUCGCAGACCUUCCCAAUGUUCAUCUCAGAGAGCUUUGCCAGCUCCCGCCUCUCUUCCUACCACAACUUCUACUCCAUCCGUGGAGCCGAGGUCAGCUUUGGCUGUGGGGUUCUGGCCAGUGGCAAGGCCCUGGUGUUCAACAAGGAUGGAAGACGGCAGCUCAUCACUGCCUUCCUUGACAGUUCCCAGUCCAGGUUCCUGCAGUUCACAUUACGCCUGGGAAGCAAGUCUGUGCUGAGCACCUGCAAAGCUCCUGACCAGCCUGGGGAAGGAGUGCUGCUGCACUACUCCUAUGACAAUGGCAUUACAUGGAAACUCCUGGAACACUACUCAUAUCUGAACUACCAUGAGCCAAGAAUAAUUUCAGUGGAGCUGCCAGAAGAUGCAAGACAGAUUGGCAUUCAGUUCAGAUGGUGGCAACCGUAUCACUCUUCUCAGGGUGAAGAUGUGUGGGCAAUCGAUGAAAUUGUUAUGACCUCUGUGCUUUUCAAUAGCAUUAGCCUGGACUUCACCAACCUAGUUGAGGUCACACAGUCUCUGGGAUUCUACCUGGGAAACGUUCAGCCUUACUGUGGCCAUGACUGGACUCUUUGUUUUACAGGAGAUUCGAAGUUAACUUCUAGCAUGCGCUACGUGGAGACCCAGUCUAUGCAGAUUGGAGCUUCAUAUAUGAUACAGUUCAACCUGGUAAUGGGCUGUGGCCAGAAGUUUACUCCUCAUAUGGACAACCAGGUGAAACUGGAGUACUCCACCAAUCACGGCCUCACGUGGCAUCUUGUUCAGGAGGAAUGUCUUCCAAGUAUGCCGAGCUGCCAGGAGUUUACCUCAGCAAGUAUUUACCAUUCCAGCGAAUUUACUCAGUGGAGGAGAAUCACUGUCCUUUUACCACAGAAAACUUGGUCCAGUGCCACACGUUUCCGCUGGAGUCAGUGCUACUACACAGCACUGGAUGAAUGGGCCUUAGACAACAUCUACAUCGGACAGCAGUGUCCCAACAUGUGCAGUGGGCAUGGCUGGUGCGACCAUGGCGUUUGCAGGUGUGACUCAGGGUUUCAGGGUACAGAGUGUCAGCCUGAAAAUCCCCUUCCUUCAACUGUCAUGUCUGAUUUUGAAAACCCAGAUGUCCUGAAGACAGAGUGGCAAGAAAUUAUUGGAGGAGAGAUUGUAAAGCCUGAAGAAGGCUGUGGGGUCAUCUCAUCUGGCUCCUCACUAUAUUUCAACAAGGCUGGAAAAAGACAGCUGGUAAGCUGGGAUUUGGACACUACCUGGGUGGAUUUUGUUCAGUUUUACAUCCAGAUUGGAGGAGAAAGUUCCUCAUGCAAUAGACCAGACAGCAGAGAAGAAGGUGUGCUGCUGCAGUACAGCAAUAAUGGUGGUAUAAACUGGCAGCUGCUAGCGGAAAUGUAUUUCUCUGAUUUCAGCAAACCCAGGUUUGUCUAUCUGGAGCUGCCAGCUGUAGCCAAGACUCCUUGCACCAGGUUUCGGUGGUGGCAGCCUGUGUUUUCAGGAGAAGGGUACGAUCAGUGGGCCAUCGACGACAUCAUCAUUUUGUCAGAGAAGCAGAAGCACAUAAUUCCUGUUGUUAAUCCCACAUUACCACAGAACUUUUAUGAAAAGCCAGCAUUCGAUUACCCUAUGAACCAGCUAAGUGUGUGGUUAAUACUGGCCAAUGAAGGCAUGACCAAAAACGAAAGUUUCUGCUCUGCCACCCCCUCUGCCAUGCUCUUUGGUAAAUCAGACGGGGACCGAUUUGCAGUGACUAGAGAUUUAACGCUGAAGCCUGGAUAUGUUCUGCAGUUCAAGCUGAAUAUUGGCUGCACUAACCAGUACAGCAGCUCUGCUCCCGUUCUGCUUCAGUACUCGCAUGAUGCUGGGCUCUUUUGGUCACUUGUGAAGGAAGGCUGCUAUCCUGCAUCUCCAGGAACCAAAGGAUGUGAGGGAAGCUCCCGUGAGCUGAGCGAGCCAACUGUGUAUCACACAGGGGAUUUUGAGGACUGGACAAGGAUCACUAUUGUUAUCCCAAGGUCGCUUGCAGCCAGUAAGACUCGAUUCCGCUGGAUCCAGGAGAGCAGCUCCCACAAGAGUGUGCCUCCUUUUGGUUUAGAUGGUGUUUACAUUUCUGAGCCUUGCCCCAAUUAUUGCAAUGGUCAUGGGGACUGCGUCUCGGGGGUCUGUUUUUGUGACUUGGGCUACACAGCAUCACAUGGAACCUGUGUAUCAAAUGUGCCUAACCACAGUGAGAUGUUCGACAGGUUUGAGAGAAAGCUAAGCCCUCUCUGGUACAAGAUAACAGGAGGUCAGGUUGGAACAGGUUGUGGUGUGCUCAGUGAUGGAAAAUCUCUGUACUUCAAUGGACCUGGGAAAAGGGAGGCAAGAACUGUUCCUCUGGACACCACAAAUAUCAGGCUGGUUCAAUUUUAUGUACAAAUUGGAAGCAAGGCUACUGGCAAUUCCUGCAACAGACCAAGAUCCAGGAAUGAAGGUCUCGUCGUUCAAUACACAAAUGAUAAUGGCAUCACCUGGCAUUUACUGCGAGAACUGGACUUCAUGUCGUACUUGGAACCCCAGGUUGUUUCGAUAGACUUACCACGGGAGGCCAAAACCUCUGCCACAGCUUUCAGGUGGUGGCAGCCACAGCACGGAAAACAUUCAGCUCAGUGGGCUUUGGAUGAUGUGCUUAUAGGGAUGAAUGACAGCUCUCAGACUGGCUUCCAGGAUAAAUUUGAUGGAACUGUGGAUUUACAAGCAAGCUGGUACAGAAUACAAGGAGGUCAGGUAGACAUCGACUGCCUGUCUAUGGAUACAGCUCUCACGUUCAGUGAAAACAUUGAAAAACCUCGUUAUGCAGAGACGUGGGACUUUCAUGUGUCAGCCUCAACUUUCCUGCAGUUUGAGCUGAGCAUGGGAUGCAGCAAGCCAUACAGCAAUUCUCAUAGCAUUCACCUGCAGUAUUCUUUAAACAAUGGGAGAGACUGGCACUUGGUGACAGAGGAGUGUGUGCCUCCAACGAUUGGCUGUCAGCACUACACUGAGAGCUCCAUCUACACUUCAGAAAGGUUCCAAAAUUGGAAGAGAAUUACGGUCUAUCUUCCACCCAUAACCAACUCACCCAGAACACGGUUCAGAUGGAUUCAAUACAACUAUGCUUCUGGUGUUGAUUCUUGGGCUAUUGAUAAUGUGGUGUUGGCUACAGGAUGUCCUUGGAUGUGCUCAGGCCAUGGCAUCUGUGAUGCAGGUCAUUGUGUGUGUGACAGAGGCUUUGGUGGUCCGUACUGUGUCCCUGUCAUUCCUCUGCCGUCUGUCCUGAAGGAUGAUUUCAAUGGUAACUUGCAUCCAGACCUUUGGCCUGAGGUCUACGGUGCUGAGAGGGGAAACCUGAAUGGUGACACAAUCAAGUCUGGAACAGCUCUCAUUUUUAAAGGGGAGGGACUGAGAAUGCUGGUUUCGAGAGAUCUGGAUUGCACUAAUACUGUGUACAUCCAGUUUUCAUUUAAGUUUAUAGCCAAAGGUACCCCUGAGAGGUCUCAUUCUAUUCUACUGCAGUAUUCUGUCAAUGGUGGCAUCACUUGGCAUCUGAUAGAUGAGUUUUACUUCACACAGACUACAGAUGUCCUUUUUAUCAAUGUUCCUCUGCCCUACACAGCCCAAAGCAACGCAACACGUUUCAGACUCUGGCAACCUUAUAACAAUGGCAAAAAAGAAGAAAUCUGGAUUAUAGAUGACUUCAUUAUUGAUGGAAAUAACCUGAAGAAUCCUAUUAUACUUUUGGAUACCUUUGACUUUGGUCCCAAAGAGGACAACUGGUUUUUCUAUCCUGGGGGAAACAUUGGGCUCUAUUGCCCAUAUUCAUCUAAGGGAGCUCCGGAGGAAGAUUCAGCUAUGGUAUUUGUUUCAAAUGAAGUUGGAGAACACUCCAUUACAACAAGGGAUCUGAGUGUAAAUGAAAACACUAUAAUCCAAUUUGAGAUCAAUAUUGGCUGCACCACUGACAGCUCUUCUGCUGACCCAGUAAAAUUGGAGUUCUCACGAGAUCUGGGAGCGACCUGGCACCUCCUUCUGCCCUUGUGCUACAGCAGCAGCAGCCACCUCAGUUCCCUGUGCUCCACUGAACAUCACCCAAGCAGCACUUACUACACUGGAACCACUCAGGGUUGGAGAAGGGAGGUCAUUCACUUUGGAAAACUGCACCUCUGUGGGUUGGCAAGGUUCAGAUGGUACCAAGGAUUUUAUCCUGCUGGAUCCCAGCCAGUGACGUGGGCCAUUGACAACGUGUACAUUGGUCCACAGUGUGAGGAGAUGUGCAAUGGGCAUGGCAGCUGUAUCAAUGGCACAAAGUGCAUCUGUGACCCAGGGUACUCUGGGCCAACCUGCAAAAUAAGUACCAAGAAUUCUGACUUCCUUAAGGAUGAUUUUGAAGGUCAGCUGGAGUCUGAUAGAUUCCUGCUCGUGAGUGGUGGAAAGCCAUCAAGGAAAUGUGGCAUCAUGUCUGGAGGAAACAACCUUUUCUUUAACGAAGAAGGUUUACGUAUGCUGAUGACUCGAGACCUGGAUUUGUCACAAGCAAGGUUUGUGCAGUUCUUCAUGAGAUUGGGAUGUGGUAAGGGGGUGCCAGACCCCAGAAGCCAGCCUGUACUUCUGCAGUAUUCUCUCAAUGGAGGUCUCACGUGGAGCCUUCUCCAGGAGUUCCUCUUCAGUAACUCGAGCAAUGUGGGACGAUACAUUGCCCUGGAAAUCCCCAUGAAGGCCCGUUCCAGCUCCACACGACUUCGCUGGUGGCAACCAUCUGAGAAUGGGCAUUUCUACAGUCCCUGGGUCAUAGAUCAGAUUCUUAUUGGAGGAAACAUCUCUGGCAAUACAGUAUUAGAAGAUGACUUCACUACACUGGAUAGUAGAAAGUGGCUGCUCCAUCCUGGUGGAACAAAAAUGCCAGUCUGUGGGUCUACUGGGGAUGCUUUAGUGUUCAUUGAGAAAGCUAGCACCCGCUAUGUUGUAACUACAGACAUCGUCGUCAAUGAAGACUCCUUCUUGCAAAUAGAUUUUGCAGCAUCCUGCUCUGUCACAGACUCCUGCUAUGCCAUUGAACUGGAGUAUUCCGUGGACCUUGGAAUUACCUGGCACCCAAUUUUGAGAGACUGUCUUCCCACUAAUGUGGAAUGCAACAAAUACCAUCUACAGAGGAUUCUCAUAUCAGACACUUUCAACAAGUGGACCCGGAUUACUUUGCCUCUGCCUCCCUAUACUAGGUCUCAAGCGACUCGAUUCCGCUGGCACCAGCCUGCUCCUUUUGAUAAGCAGCAGACAUGGGCAAUUGACAAUGUCUACAUUGGAGAUGGUUGUAUAGACAUGUGCAGUGGCCAUGGGAAGUGCACACAAGACAACUGUGUCUGUGAUGAGCACUGGGGAGGGCUGUACUGCGAUGAGCCAGAGACUCCCCUUCCAACACAACUGAAAGAUAACUUCAAUCGCUCACCAUCCAACCAGAACUGGCUGACAGUGAAUGGAGGCAAGCUGAGCACAGUCUGCGGAGCAGUGGCCUCCGGGAUGGCUCUUCACUUUAGCGGGGGCUGUAGCCGUAUGUUAGUUACAGUGGAUCUGAAUCUCACCAGUGCAGAAUUCAUCCAGUUUUAUUUCAUGUAUGGAUGUCUGAUAACUCCUAACAAUCGUAACCAAGGAGUGCUGCUGGAGUAUUCUGUGAAUGGUGGAAUUACCUGGAGCAUCUUGAUGGAAAUUUUCUAUGACCAAUUCAGCAAGCCUGGUUUUGUGAACAUCCUCCUCCCCUACGAUGCUAAAACUAUUGGGACGCGCUUCCGCUGGUGGCAGCCUAAACAUGAUGGUCUGGACCAGAACGACUGGGCUAUCGACAACGUGUUGAUCUCUGGCUCAGCUGACCAGAGAACUGUGAUGCUGGACACCUUCAGCAGCGCUCCUCUGCCGCAGCACGAGCGCUCCCCUGCCGAUGCAGGGCCCACCGGCAGGAUCGCCUUCGAUAUGUUCAUGGAAGAUAAAACCACAGUGAAUGAACACUGGUUAUUCCAUGAUGAUUGCUCAAUUGAGAGGUUUUGUGAUUCUCCUGAUGGUGUUAUGAUCUGUGGGAGCCAUGAUGGCAGAGAGGUUUAUGCAGUUACCCAUGACCUGACUCCAACAGAAGGCUGGAUUAUGCAGUUCAAGAUUUCUGUUGGAUGUAAAACCUCAGAAAAACUUGCACAAAAUCAGGUCCAUGUGCAGUACUCCACUGACUUUGGUGUUAGCUGGAGUUAUUUGGUACCUCAGUGUUUACCUGCUGAUCCAAAAUGUUCUGGGAGUGUUUCACAGCCAUCUGUCUUCUUUCCUACAAAAGGGUGGAAAAGAGUAACUUACUCACUACCUGAAAACCUCAUGGGCAAUCCUGUGAGGUUUCGGUUCUACCAGAAAUACUCAGAUAUGCAGUGGGCCAUUGAUAAUUUCUAUCUGGGCCCCGGUUGUCUGGAAAAUUGCAGAGGACAUGGAGACUGCCUGAAAGAGCAAUGCAUCUGUGAUCCUGGAUAUUCGGGUCCGAACUGCUAUCUGACCCAAACACUGAAGACUUUCCUAAAAGAACGCUUUGACAAUGAAGAAAUUAAGCCAGAUUUAUGGAUGUCCUUGGAAGGAGGAAAUACUUGUACUGAGUGUGGGAUUCUAGCAGAAGACACAACUCUGUAUUUUGGAGGUCAAACUGUGAGGCAGGCUGUCACACAAGAUCUGGACCUGAGGGGUGCAAAAUUUCUACAGUACUGGGGAAGAAUUGGGAGUGAAAACAACAUGACAACAUGCCACAGACCAACUUGCAGAAAGGAGGGAGUGCUGCUGGACUAUUCCAUUGAUGGAGGAAUAACUUGGACUUUGCUUCACGAGAUGGAUUACCAAAAAUACAUCUCAGUCAGGCAUGACUACAUCCUUCUCCCUGAACAUGCUCUGACCAACACAACCCGCUUGCGGUGGUGGCAGCCUUUCACCAUCAGCAACGGGAUUGUGGUUUCAGGCCCUGAUCGGGCGCAGUGGGCUCUGGAUAACAUUCUGAUUGGUGGAGCAGAGAUCAACCCCAGUCAGCUGGUGGAUACGUUUGAUGAUGAAGGCACCUCUCAUGAAGAAAACUGGAGUUUUUACCCUAAUGCAGUUAGGACUGCAGGGUUCUGUGGAAAUCCUUCAUUCCAUCUCUACUGGCCAAAUAAGAAAAAGGACAAAACACACAACAUCCUGUCCUCCCGGGAGCUCAUUAUACAACCAGGAUACAUGAUGCAGUUUAAAAUCGUGGUUGGCUGUGAGGCAUCAUCUUGUGGGGACCUCCACUCUGUGAUGCUGGAGUAUACUAAGGAUGCAAGAACAGAUUCAUGGCAGCUCGUACAGACACACUGUCUUCCUUCCUCAUCUAAUAGCAUUGGCUGCUCCCCAUUUCAAUUCCAUGAAGCUACCAUCUAUAACUCCGUCAACAGCUCCAUGUGGAAAAGAAUAACUAUCCAGCUGCCUGAUCAUGUCUCUUCCAGUGCAACUCAGUUCAGGUGGAUUCAGAAAGGAGAAGAACUGGAGAAACAAAGCUGGGCGAUUGACCACGUGUACAUUGGGGAAGCAUGCCCUAAGCUCUGCAGUGGUCGAGGAUAUUGCACAACUGGAGCUAUUUGCAUUUGUGAUGAAGGAUAUCAAGGUGAUGACUGCUCUGUUUUUAGCCAUGAUCUACCCAGUUAUAUUAAAGAUAAUUUUGAAUCUGAAAGAGUCACUGAAAUAAACUGGGAAACCAUUCAGGGGGGAGUGAUAGGGAAUGGAUGUGGACAGCUGGCACCCUAUGCCCAUGGAGAUUCACUCUAUUUUAAUGGAUGUCAAGUACGACAAGCUGUGACUAAGCCUCUGGAUCUCACCCGAGCAAGCAAAAUCAUGUUCGUUUUGCAAAUUGGAAGCAUUUCGCAAACAGACAGCUGCAAUACCAAUCUAAGUGAUCCUAACACUGUAGACAAGGCAGUGCUUCUCCAAUACAGUGUAAAUAAUGGAAUUACAUGGCAAGUAAUUGCACAGCAUCAGCCAAAGGACUUUAUACAAGCCCAAAGAGUGUCUUAUAAUGUUCCCCUGGAGGCACGAAUGAAAGGAGUCUUACUGCGCUGGUGGCAGCCCCGUCACAACGGAACAGGUCAUGAUCAGUGGGCUUUGGACCACGUAGAAGUCGUCCUCACUCGCAAACAAAAUUACAUGAUGAAUUUUUCACGGCAACAUGGGCUCAGGCAUUUCUACAACAGAAGACGAAGGUCACUUAGACGAUAUCCAUGAAGAAAUGAGAAAUUUAUUUUUUCCUCCCAACAUGUGAUGUGUUGCUUUCCAUUCUUUGAACCUAGCACUGCAUCUGGUUUCAGGACUUUUCUGCAACUGGCUUGAUGAAUAACUGAAAGCCUUUCUCAAGACGGAGUGUACACCACUUUUUCGCACUGUGAACUAAUGAGAAGUGACUUAUUUUCUCAUAGGUAAAUGUUUUAAUGUUGACGUGUCUGUGAAAAUUGUGAUCUGUUGUAAUAUCAGUUACAGUGGCAGUAUUGGAAGUAAGCAACUAAUUCUGUUUAACAGGAAAAAAAGUUUAAGCACAAAGACUUUUCAGAUUUUAUGUUUAAGAACGUACAUACUAAGUACAGAAUUUAACAUUUUUUGUCACAUAGGUAUUUAAGUGCACUGUAUUUCAGCUCUGUGUCAUUUUAUAUGAUUAAGUUAUCAUUGUUUGUCCUCUUUGUAUUCUACAAAAUGACACAUUGGCACUGUAUUUACUUGUUUUGUUGUUGUAAUAUUUUUGCUGCUGACUUUUGGGCUAUUUACCUUCUGACAAAGUGUAUUAAAAAAUCAAAGUACCUAAUCAAGAAGAUAAUUGCAAAAGUAGUUGUAAAGACGUUGAUAUCUUUCAGUCCUAUUCUUUUAUAUGUCUGUUGGUUAGCAUUGUUUUGUGGAUAAAAAAAAGAAUGCUUGACAUGAAACCUUUUUCUACUAAGCAGUUGUGGAUGAAGCCCCAAACAGAAGUUCCCUUUCCUUCUCUAAAUGUAGUCAGUUCUCUGCAACUGAUUUACUUACAGUAACUGCCAUUUGGUGUCUGUAGUAAUGAAGUGAUUUGUAAACAGUGAACGUUUCAUUGUGUUCUCUUAGGUGUUUGUUUCUCUUGCGGGUCAUGUUUGUAUCUUCUGAUAAGGUUGUAUUUACACCAGCAACGUUAUAAUGCCCCUAUAGCCCUAAACUGUCUAUUAUCAUAAAUAAAAUGCUUCACUUUAUGGUGAACCAAGCUAAAGAUCCAUGCUUCAAUAAAAAUAAUGUCAACAAACAA